AUGGAGGAGUCUUCUUUUGAAAAUUUAAUGAACAUCAGAAAGGAACGAAAGCCUUGUUGUACUCUUUGUAGAAAUCACGGAGUACGAACUAACUCCAAGGGACACAAACAUCAAUGUCCUUUCUCGAGCUGUGACUGCCAGCCAUGCGUCAAGGGAAGGCAAAGAAGAGUUGUAAUGAGAAAGCAAGUUCGUCUUCGGAGAAAACAGAUGAGAGAUAUUGAGCGAGGCCGUUCUAACUGCGUUACACCAGUCGAACCAGGGCGAGUGAAUUUUUCGCUCGCCGCUGUGAAAACUGAAUCACCGGCCCUCACCAACGAACACAGAAACCUCGAGGACGAAAAAGAAUUAGCCGUUAUGAAUCGCAGUGGAAGAAACGGAGGCUUGAUCCAGAGCGUGUCCAACAUUUUGCAUUCACAGUUCAGCGUUCCUAGGCAGCAGUCCUUCAAUUGUAGCGCUUACAUGCCAACUCCUUUCCAGUUUCAGUGGAAUACUAGAGAUGUGCUCACGGGCUUUCCUUCUUACAACAACUGGCGGCCUGAACAACGCGUGUCUUCCUGCCCGAUCGAGCCGCCAACCAGCCCUGGUUUCACGGUGUCCGAUAACAGCGCUUUUGUGAAGUACUGUGGCUAUUCUCCGAGGACGGAAAGCAACUCUUGUAGAUUUGGUCAUACUUCGUCCGCGGGGGCUGCUUCGCUGCUGGCAUCGUUUGGAAGUCCAGAACAGGGGAUACCAAAACGUUAA